CUCAGUCGAUCAUCCUCGAGCCGGGUGUGCAGGACCUGGUUCUGGGGGACGCGAGGGACUUUAUGAACAGCAAGUCUUGGUACGCUGAGCGCGGUAUUCCGUUCAGGCGCGGGUAUCUUUUGUAUGGCGCACCCGGUGCUGGCAAGACUUCCCUUAUCCACAGCAUCGCCGGGGAACUCAACUUGGACGUCUACAUCCUCUCUCUGUCCCGCAGCGGGCUCGAUGACUCCAGCCUCUCGCAGGUCAUCAGCGAGCUGCCCGAGAAGUGCAUCGCGCUCAUGGAGGACAUCGACGCCGCCUUCCACCACGGUUUGACUCGCGAAGGGCCCUCGCCCGCCGACGACGCUGAAGAUGGUCCCGACGGCCCUCGCAAACCGCGCGCCGCGGCCCCCUCCGGCAAAGUCUCACUCAGCGGGCUGCUGAACGCGCUCGACGGCAUCGGCGCGCAGGAGGGCCGUAUCCUCUUCGCGACGACAAACAAGUACACCGCGCUCGACCCUGCAUUAUGCCGCCCCGGGCGGAUGGACCUGCACAUCGAGUUCCGCAACGCGAGCAGGUACCAGGCCGAGGAGCUCUUCAAGCGCUUCUACCUCCCCUCGGGCUCGUUGUCUGAUCGCCCUCUCGAGGCCGCCGGAGCUCCCGCUGCGAAGCCCUACAGGGACGACGACCAGGAGAGCACGGACUCCGGGUACGGCGGCUCGCGCGCGGAGUCCGAGAAGCUUAUUGACGUCGACGAAUCGUCUGCGCCCUCGCCCUCGCGGCGGUCUUCGUCGCCGGAGAAGCCGUCGUUUGUCGGGGUGUCGCACAGCCAGCGCGCGCCCCGGAUGUCGCCCGAGCGCUUCCGGGAGCUUGCGACGCGCUUCGCGGACGCGAUUCCGGAGCGCAAGCUGUCGAUGGCCGCGCUGCAGGGGUACCUGAUGACGUACAAGAUCAGGCCGGUGCAGGCGGUGGAGGACGUUGCAGCGUGGGUGGAGAGGGAGCUGGCGCAGAAGGACGCUGCCGAGGACGAUCCGUAGGAUGAUGAAAAGAUGACGAUGGAUAUUAUGAAGUCGUGAUUGUAUCAUACCUUUGCUCGAGCAUACCCGCAUAUCCAUGUAGACACUGUAUCACGCACACUGACCGCAUAGACCACAGCAAUUGCACAAAAC